ACCUCCUCCACAUCUCGCCGAGACACCUCUUCGGCGUCGGCCCUGACGUGCAAUGGCUCAACCAACCCUUCCUGCACCUUCAGCACCGUCAAAAAAGCGAAAGGAUCCGCCCAUCAACUCCGCAUUCAGACCACACGCGCAAAAGAAACAAAAGACGGACCAUCGAGCCCGACAGCGCGAUGCCCGCACCCUCAGCACGCAAACCACCUCCAAAGCCUUCCAUAAUGGCGCCCUCGAUGUCUCCGCCUUCAUCAAGGCGCGUGAGUAUGAGAUCACCGCUCUGCAGCAGGGCAUUCAGCGGAGUGGGCACGCGAACAAUCGGAGAGCCUUUCAGCAGGUCCCGAAGGAGCUCAGAAGGAGGACGGCGAGUCAUAAUGCGAAGAAGGUGCCGAAGAGGCUGAGGCGGAGGGCGGAGAAGGAGAUGAUUGAAGACAACACGCCUACGGUCACUGCAAGAAGACGAAAGCCUACGGGGCAUAUGCGAUUACGUCUGGACACCAUGAAAAGACUGAGGGCUCUCGGUGCACAGAAAAGAGCGGCGAAGGACAAAGCAAAGGAGGGCAAGGCAGAUGCAACGGGACAACCUGAUCGUGCAGCCGCAAUACUUCCUCGCAAACCGAAGCUCAAAAAGCAACCGACUCUUGCCAAACCUCCCACCCCAAAGGCGAGAUUCCGCAAGCGUCAAAUACACAAGUCCUGGCUACCUACGCAUCUCUUCCACACAAAGCGGGCGCACAUGACUCCUCCUUCUGCACCGCUUUGGAGGUUCUCAAUUCCCCUUACGCCUACGCAGAAGAGUUAUCGUCCAACUCAUCGAGCUGCAAAUGAGCGGGGUGCGGUUGCUUGGGAUAUGAGUUACAUCGCGACCAUCGCAUUGGAGGGCAGAGAGGACAGUAUAGAAUCUCUGCUCCGAGGGUUGAGGGUGGAUAUGGCUCAAGGACGCGCGAAAUGGAAGAAUGGCACGAGAUGUCGCGAAGUGUGGAUCUACGGCCGCGACUCGAAGCAUCCCAUUGCGCCUGUCACGAUCAUAUGGUCCGCUUCAUCGACGGUGGAAGUGCAGCCAUCGUCGAGGAAGCGAACGCUCUUCCUACGCAUGCACCCUUCAGCGUUUACCCAGACAUGGGAGGAGGUGUUGAAAAUGGCACGAACAGCUAAGCCAGCUGUGACUGUCGAAGAUCUCCGAUUCGAGAUCGGCAGCAUAGACAUCACAGGUCCAGGCAGCACCGAGGCAUUACUGGCAGCACUGUGGCCGACGCAGACACCGACCGAAGAAGUCAGCGUGGAGAAGACGUGGGCCUCUCUCCUUGGACUUACGAACCCUGCAUCACUCCCUGCCGGCGCAAUGCUAGCUUUCGACACGCAGGAUCCGAGACUGCAUCAUCCGCCACGGACGGUUCAGCCUCCAACGUCUCAACAGGAGUACGACAAUCUUUUAAGACUGAUCGCCGAAUGGCCAGUCGACCGCCUGCUUACCAACCCUGUCAUAUUCGAUCGCAUCGCCCGACAAGAAGGGUCUCGUCUUCCCUCCCAGAAAGCAAUCAACCGUCGCAAGUCUCUCGCAACGCCUGGAGCAUAUCCAGAAGCUAUCGCCACGGAUCCCGCGAUUCCAAUUCUCCUCUACACCACACCGGACAGCGAUCGAAGAACGCAAUCCACCUGGACACUCCUCGCACCUUGGAAGACAAUCCAACCGAUCUGGUACAGCAUCCAGUAUUACCCGCUCUCCACCGGCCACCAGCCUCGGUUCGGAGGCUUGAACGAGAAACGACAGCUUGCCUUUCAGCGUGGGAUUGCGUGGUUCCCGGCCGACUACCCCGGUACUGAUGCUGGGUGGGAGUGGGAAAUGCAGGAAAGGAGGGUGAGAUUGGAGGAGUGGAAGAAGAGGCCGAAGGCGAAGAGAGUCAGUUGGGAGAGGGUGGAUUUGGGGGGCGGGAGGAGAGGUGAGGUCGGGGAUGGGCUGGCGUGUGACUGGUCGUUGCUGCUUCGUCGAGAAGAGGCUGCCGUUGCCAGAGAGGAAGGACAGGCUACCACCCGACCCGAGGGGCUUGCGCAUCUCCCGCCCGCGCAUGCGCGCGAGGUGUUGAGCAACGCAGCCAGCACAUCACCGAGUCCGAUCGACGGCAAGCUCGCCACCAUCCGUUUAACACUGAUCACCCGCGGCGUCCCACAGACAUGUGCACGCAUCUAUCGUCUACCACGAACCGACAUAGCCCUUCGAAAGUCCUGGCUCACGCUGCUCGAAAAACCCAACGGAAACCAUAAACACCACCUCCCAACUACCGUCGCUCUACCCAAAGACGCCUCGCCUCAUCUACUCCAACGCCGCCUCGCGCAGUCUCUCCUUUACACCGCCCAAGCAGGCGAAGAGACCUACCCAUCUUGCCCAGGAGAAGAAGACCUGAUUGGUUUCGUCACUACGGGCAACUUCAAUUUGGCGGAGGGAAAGGGGACGGGCAUGGGGUGUGUGAUGCUUGCGAAGGUGCUGGAGGAUGUGAGGAGUGGGGAGGAUGAGGUAAGACGGUUGUGUGUGGUUAGGAAUUCCGGGGAGGGGAUUGCGAGGCUGGGGAGGUGGGAGGUUGUGUAGGCUGUUGGUUCCGCCUGUUCCCUGCAUGUACAGCGCACCAUGUCACUUGUUAUGAAUGAGAGCGACGCACAGCAGUCGUGCAGUUGUCAACGAGGCACAGCAGUCGUCCAGUUGUCAACGAGGCACAGCAAGGCUGGUUGUUUCCCGCCAAG